AAACAAUAUUGCCAUUUCGAUUGCGUUUCCAUGCUGCGUAUCAAUCUCUGUAUUUUUUAGUUCUUUUUCCGUUUCACGUUUACAAAUUGUUAGCAGGUUAUUACUGCGGAAAAAUUUGCUUAACUAGUUAUCAUUUAUGUAAUUUUAACAGAGGUAACUGGAAAAUGGCUAAAGAAGAAGAAGAUGACAAACUUCCAGAUAAGGACGUCGCUAAAGAAUUCUAUGCCAAGUACGAACCUAAGGAAAUUUUAGGCAAGGGCAUCAGUUGUACUGUAAGAAGAUGCAUUGAAAAAGAAACAGGUAAAGAGUUUGCAGCAAAAAUAAUCGACCUCAGCACCGACCCUGAUUCAGGUGAACAAGCCGUCAGACAAGAAAUAUUUAUUUUACGACAUGUUGCGGGGCACCCUUACAUAAUUGAAUUGCAGGACGUUUUUGAAUCAAACACAUUUAUAUUCCUGGUAUUUGAACUGUGCAAAAAUGGGGAGUUGUUUGAUUAUCUCACAACAGUUGUGAACUUAUCGGAGAAGAAAACUCGCUACAUAAUGAGACAAGUUUUUGAGGGUGUCGAAUAUAUUCAUAGUAGAGGAAUUGUUCACAGAGACUUGAAACCUGAAAACAUAUUGCUAGAUGACAAUUUGAAUGUUAAGAUAACGGAUUUUGGCUUUGCAAGAAAACUCGAUCCAGGUGAAGUUUUAUAUGAUUUAUGUGGAACCCCUGGUUAUUUGGCACCAGAAACAUUACGUUGCAGUAUGAUGGAAGAUGCACCCGGUUAUUCAUUCCAAGUUGAUAUAUGGGCCUGUGGUGUAAUCAUGUAUACCCUAUUGGUAGGAUGUCCACCCUUUUGGCAUCGUAAACAAAUGAUCAUGUUGAGAAAUAUAAUGGAAGGAAAGUAUUCAUUUUCAUCUCCUGAAUGGGCUGAUAUUUCUGAAGCGCCAAAAGACUUAAUUAGAAAACUACUAGUUGUAGACCCCAAUCACAGGAUUACUAUUAAAGAAGCACUUGCUCAUCCAUUUUUCCAGACCGUGCAAAUGUGGGAUCAAGACAUAGCACCACUGAAGCAUUCUUUAAGGCGCGAUAGUCACCGUUUUAGUCGUAUUGCACAUCUAGCACUGAAAGAAAAUUUACCUUUAUCAACUGUAGGAAGGAAAUUUACUAGGGCACAAAACCGAAAACUGUGACGUUACUGUGUAACGCGCCAUGUGUGACCCCUGGUGGAUAAGUCCAAAAGGAGUCGUCUUAACAGGCUUCAGAAGCUUGCCUUGGUAGCAACCAAUAAUCCGAAAAUUGCCAAUUCGACAAAUUGUCAGCAGAUUGCACCUACGAUUUACUGCAUAUGUAUUGCAAAUGCGUUUCUGUUUGUUUUAUUUUGUAAUUCCUCUCUGCAGUGUGGUGCAAGCGUAAA